AUGACGGCAUCAAUCAACGGAACCAAAGCUAUCGUCAUUCCUCCAGAGUAUACAUUGAUCACACCCUCCGAAUCUUUCACGGAUGAUUCUUACGGCGUUGUAUCUUGGCACAUCCUCUUCUCGCGAUCUCGAACACCUAGCUCGGAUCUGUGUGCUGGUAUCGCAGUCUGUCCUCCGGCAAAUGGACAUCUUUGUGGCCAUCGCCACGAGCAAGCCGAAAUUUACUAUAUCAUCGAGGGAUAUGGGGAGAUGACUAUUGACGGCGUGAAGAGUCAUGUUGCAAAGGGUUGUUCUGUGUUUAUUCCCCCCAAUGCCGAGCAUGGGAUUGAGAACACAGGUAUUGAGAAUUUGAAGUGGUUUUAUGUCUUUCCAACCAGUGCGUUUAGUGAUGUUGUAUAUCGCUUCACCCAGGAUGAGAAGCCGAGGUUCUGA